UUGUUCAUCGUUGCUAUGGGAAGCUUAGAAUAUCAACAUUCUCAUUAUUUACAGGUUACCAUUAAAUACAUCGUCUAGUGGAUUAAAUAUGGCAAACGAAAUGAUUGAGGAUGAUUGUUUAGAAAUAAAUCCAGGAAAAUAUCUUGAACAAACUCCAAAGAUUGAAUUAUUUGAUGUAAUUAUUGGCCACAUAGAAGAUCUAUUAUUAGAUGAUGGCUUUUAUGCCAUGCAAAAUGAAUUUUUAGAAAAAUAUUGGACCAUUUUUGAACCAGCUGAAGAAAAUAAAUUAAUUUAUACAGAAAUAUUUAAUGAAUAUAAUACAACUGUAGAAACUUAUAUUGUAAAUUAUCUACAAAAAAUUAUACCCCAUUUUAAUAUGGAUGUUCUUCUUCGUGAUUUGAGAGAGAAAAAAGCAGAUUCAGACGGCGAAGUUUUUGAUAUAUUAUCUGCAGUUACAGAUUUCCAAUCAUUUAAAGAAAUGAUCCUUGAUUAUCGAGCUGUGAAAGAAGGAACAGUUCCAGAUCUUAGCUCAGGAAUAUCUGUAACAUCUGUCAAAAAUUCAUAGCUAGAAUGAUUAUCUUUGUAAAAUCAUAAAAGCAUUUAUCAAAAGUC